AUGAAUUAUAGUUUGCACACUUGUUGGAGAGUCCAUGUUCAGAGAUUGCUUUGUUUUAUUUUUGCAGAGGAGAAGGCAACCGAGGUCAAGAAAAGUGAGCUUUAUCGACCUGCUUCGAAUUUUGUCCCCUUUCCCCAGCAUGUAUCAUCCGCUGAGAGCAAAAAAGCUACACAAAAGAGAAAGUCAGAAGAAAAGAAGAAGAGUAAUCUUGAACUCUUCAAAGAAGAGCUUAAACUAAUUCAAGAAGAGCGUGAGGAGAGACAUAAAAAGAAGACCAAUGACCCUGAUGGGGGAGGAGGAGGAGGAUGUGGAGGAAAUCUGGAUAUACCAUUAUCUGGACGAUCGGUAUUAUAUGAUGACCUAACAGUGCCAACCACCACUAACCUCUACAUCGGCUGCAUUAGCCCAAAGAUGAACGAGGAGAUUCUCUGCAAAGAGUUCGGUAAGUAUGGUCCUCUGGCCAGUGUGAAGAUAAUGUGGCCCCGAACAGACGAGGAGCGCUGCCGGACCUCCAACAGAGCCUUCGUGGCUUACAUGACCCGCAAAGAUGCAGAGAGAGCCUUGGCUUCACUCGAUGGUAAAGUCAUUAUGGGGUUUGAAAUGAAGCUGGGAUGGGGUAAACCAGCUCGUAUUCCACCUCAGCCUCUCUACACACCGGUGGGGGUGAGGGCCACGCCGCCCCCCCCAUCUGGUCUGCCUUUCAACGCUCAGCCGAGGGACCGCUUCCGCAACGACUUCACCAAGCCGCUGGGCAUGUCCAAAGGAGAGAUGGACAAGACUCUGUCCGAAGCCGUAGUCAAAGUGGUUAUCCCGACAGAAAGGAAUCUAUUAUUCCUCAUUCACAGGAUGAUAGAGUUUGUGGUGCGUGAAGGCCCUGUGUUUGAAGCUGUUAUCAUGAACAAAGAGAAAAACAAUCCAGACUACAGGUUCCUUUUUGAAAACAAAAGCCAGAAUCAUGUGUACUAUCGCUGGAAACUAUUCUCCAUCCUCCAGGGACAGACCCCGACAGAAUGGAGGACUGCAGAUUUUCGUAUGUUUCGGGGGGGCUCCAUGUGGAGACCCCCUAUCCUGAACAACUACUCUCAGACCGGUGAAGAUAGUGCCGAGGCAGAGGAGGAAGCUCCCCCUGAGGAAGAGGUGAAGAAAGGGCAGCUCAGAGCAGAGCACAGGCAGAGGUUGGAGACUUUGCUAAAAGCGCUCACUCCCAACAGAGAAGAUAUCGCCAACGCCAUGCAGUUCUGUCUUCAGAGGGCAGACGCAGCAGAGGAAGUCGUGGGACACAUCACUCAGUCUUUCUCCUUGCUUCAGACGCCCCCUCAGAAGAAGAUUGCCAGACUAUAUCUAGUGUCAGACAUCUUGCACAACUCAUGUGCCAAAGUGCCCGGUGCAUCAUAUUAUCGUAAAUAUUUUGAAACAAAGCUUACACAAAUAUUUGGAGACCUUAAUGCAGCGCAUAAAAACAUACAAGCCAGACUGCAGGCAGAGCAGUUUAAGCAAAAGGUCUCGUGUUGUUUUAGAGCAUGGGAGGACUGGACCAUAUACCCCGAGCCGUUUCUAAUCCACCUUCAAAACAUCUUUCUGGGCUUCGCCAAAGCUGUAGAGGAGACGAUGGAGCCAGUGGUGGAGGAAGUAUCCUCUUACCUCGAUGGCGCGCCAUUGGACAGCGCGCUCAUAGACGGGUUGCCUCUCAGAGCGCCUGAGGAUGACCUCGACGGCUGCCCCUUAGGCUGGGACCCUCUUGACGGGGUCCCUGUUGACGACAUUGACGGUGUCCCCUUGGGAGUUGCCAUUGACGACAUUGAUGGCAUGCCAUUGGAGGAGGGCAGUGUUCCCCUCUCCGGCGUGCCUUUGUCGAAAUGGGAGAAGACGGUUGACUCCGGGACGUUUUCCCAAGUCAUGCUUGGCUCCAAGUGGGACAUGGUGGUGGAGAAAACCAGUGCGAAUGAAGUGAUGAAAGUAAGUGCCAACUCGCAGGAUGGUGAUGACGACUCUGAGAGCGACAGCAGCGAUGACGGCGGCGGUUCGUCCAAAUAUGACAAUGCAGAUUUCCAGAGCUCCCUCAAAAGUUUUCAAAUGUCCGAGAGCAAAAGGAAACGGUUGAGAGAGCUGGAGGUGAAGGUAAUGAAGAUCCAAGAUGAGCUCGAGUGUGGAAAGAGGCCGAGGAAGUCGGGAAUGAGCAUACAGCAGCAGGUGGAGCACUACAGGAACAAACUGCUUCAGAAGGAGUUUGAAAAAGAUGAAGACAAAAACGAGAGACUGACAUCAAAGCCCAAAGACAGGUCGAAGGAUGACAGGAGGGACAGAGAUCGGAGCAAACGAAGUGUAGAGGGCGUCAGGAGACGAGGAAGGAGUCGAGAUCCAGACGACCACGCCCGAAAGUCGAGGAGCAUCUCUCCUUUAAAGACAAGGUCUCCCAAAUGGUCCAAGCGUUCCCGAUCACCAUCUCCAGACCGGAAGACCAGGUCGCGGUCGCCACAUCGCUCCCAUAAGAAAGCAAAGAAGAGCAAACACUGACUCUCAGCUCUGGUCAUCCAUUACCCUGCUGGUAUCCAUGGGUUACACAGCGCUCUUUAAAAACAGACGAACAUGUCCGCUCUUUUGGUCCCAACUCACUCUCCAUGCAAGACUCUGCACUCUUUUUUUUGUAUGAUGAAGUUUGAACACUGUAACUAAUUAUAUAUAUUUUUGUUUUAAUGUUUGUUUUUAAAAUGAUAAGCUGAAAUGUUGCUGCAGAGUUCUGACACUAAAUAAAUCACGGAUGUUGAUAUAACGUGUGUGUGUGGAGGAGAUGAUUUGUAGGGCCUGGAUUUCAAAACUACUUUUACUGGUCAUUUUUUAAUGUCAAAAAAUGUCGUCAACACGCAUUCCUUUACUUUGUGUGGACUUUUAUUGAGUAAAUGAAUAGAGCAUUAUUUGGUUGUUUACAAAAGCAGCAAGUAUGAAAUGUUACACACUGAAUUUACAGUAACAUUAAUAAUGACAUGUGCUUUCAUU